AUGCCCUCCAGGACGCCUAAUUUGUGUCAGCGCUGCGAGGCCAAUAAGGCCGUGAUGCGCAGGCCCAAAAACUUGCAAAAGCUGUGUAAGGAGUGUUAUUUUCAUGUUUUUGAGACAGAAAUUCAUCUCACCAUAGAGAAGGAAAAACUGUUCUAUCCGGGAGAGAAAGUCGCUAUAGGGGCUUCUGGAGGAAAGGAUUCCACAGUUUUGGCUUCCAUACUUAAAACGUUGAACGAAAGGUACAACUACGGAGUUCAUUUGGUGCUUCUCAGUAUUGAUGAGGGCAUCGUAGGAUAUAGAGACGACUCUCUCGCAACAGUGAAAAGAAACCAACAGCAGUAUGAAAUGCCCUUGGAGAUCGUCUCUUAUAAAGACUUGUACAACUGGACGAUGGAUGAGAUUGUGUCAUGUUCAGGGGUGAAGUCAUCUUGUACAUACUGCGGUGUUUUAAGACGACAGGCUUUGGACAGAGGAGCAAUGAAGCUUGGAAUUAAUCAUGUGGUAACAGGCCACAACGCAGACGAUAUGGCGGAAACAGUGUUGAUGAACUUACUUCGAGGAGACACCGCGCGCUUGGAGAGCUCCACUAAUAUUACAACAAAGUCAACAGGAUCACCAAUCAAGAGAUCGAAACCGUUCAAGUAUUGCUACCAAAAAGAAAUCGUUCUUUAUGCUCACUACAAGAAACUCGACUAUUUCAGCACAGAAUGUACUUACGCACCAGAAGCGUUCAGGGGAACCGCUAGAGUGUUGAUGAAGAACCUCGAGAGUGUACGGCCGUCCUGUAUUUUGGAUAUCAUUUACUCGGGGGAGCAUUUUAAAUUGAAGCAGAGGAAGAAAAGACCAGGUCCUAAAAAGCCUGUUACAGAAAGCCAAGAAACAGAGAUUCGCUCAGAUGGAUCUGUGUCCUUGCGAAACAACGGGAAUCGUUGCGAAAAAUGCGGAUAUUUGUCCACCAACAAAAUAUGCAAGGCUUGUAUAUUGCUUCAAGGUUUAGAACUAAGCAGGGCAAAACUGAAUAUUGCAGCUGAGGCAGUUCCUAAAGUGAAAGAAGAUGAACUUCAGCAUAGAUUACAGCAUCUUUCUUUUUAG